CCCCGCCACUAGCCGCAUCGCCACCUUACCAGCCGGCUUUGGCCUUGUCUAUUGUAUACUGCUUGCAAAGCCUAUAAAGCCUGAAUUAGAUCUGACCGAAACCUCUUCAUCGACCACCAUUGCCACUCCGUCAUCGUCCGUUCGCUCUCAUUGCCGCCACAAACGAUGGUCGCCGACUUGGCUGACAUCUUCGCAACGCAUCUCAAUCUUGCUGAGAUAGACAAGCUUGAUCAUGACAUGGAUGUCGACUCAGGGUCAGAGACUUCUGAAUCUGAAAUCGAUGUCACAAUGGAGGUCUCUGCAAGCAGUCAUCGUCGUGCGCGCUACGAUGGCGUUAUGACUUUGAUCCCCGCUGCUUUCUCGAAACAUCAGAAGAUACGCUUUCAGGGACGGCAGACCAAUCGUGUUGGUGUACCAAUGCGCGUGCUCGUGGAUCACGUCCUACCUGUGUCACUCCUUCGCGAUGGAGAUGAAUCCGUAGCGAUAUUCGAGGAGUCGAAGUAUGAUAGGAUACUUGUCAGAAUCAGGUGGAUUGGCUGCGACGAAGAUUCGAAGAUGAUACCCAUCAGGGAUGGUAUGGGCGAACCUAUAAACCUACGCACCCUCGCAGAAGAUGUCGCACAGUUCUGUUUGGAUUGCAUGCGAGUACGUCUUCAGCGGAGCGGCGUCAACGACUCGGAAUAUCCGACCAUAGGAAAUGUGACAUUCUACCAGCUCUAUCUCGUCGGGCUAUACUCGACAGACGGCUCUGAGUGGGACGUUGAGAUUCAACGAUGAGUAGCUAUCUCCAAUUUCGGCGAGGCAACUCUCCAGUAAGUAUUUUGUCCACUUCUCUUUCGAUCUGCCGCGUUCUUUAUGUAGCACUCUACAUGUAUCGCUUCUUGUAUCUCAUAUAUGCUAGUAGGCUGGCCUUCUCGCGAUACAUAAGUUACGAC